CGCAGUGGUUGGAGAGGCGUAGGGGGCGGACUACCUCUACUCCCCCCCCACACCCCCCUUUUUUCUCUCUGGGAGGAGGAGGAGGGGAAGGGGGCUUGCAGAGCAAGCGAUGGAUGAGGAAAACAUGACGAAAAGCGAGGAGCAGCAGCCUCUGAGUUUGCAAAAAGCCUUACAGCAGUGCGAGUUGGUCCAAAACAUGAUAGACCUGAGCAUCUCCAACCUGGAAGGGCUUAGGACCAAAUGUGCUACCUCCAACGACCUCACACAAAAAGAAAUCCGGACCUUGGAGAGCAAGCUGGUGAAGUACUUCAGCCGGCAGCUGUCCUGCAAAAAGAAGGUCGCCCUGCAGGAACGCAACGCGGAGCUGGACGGCUUCCCUCAGCUCCGGCACUGGUUCCGGAUUGUCGACGUGCGGAAGGAAGUCCUUGAGGAGAUCACCCCGGGCCAGCUGAGUCUGGAGGACCUCUUGGAGAUGACAGAUGAGCAGGUGUGUGAAACCGUGGAGAAAUAUGGGGCCAACCGAGAGGAGUGUGCCCGCCUCAAUGCCUCCCUCACUUGCCUCCGGAACGUCCACAUGUCAGGGCCUUUUCAGUCCUAAGAGAUCGACUCUGCAAACAUCAGCCAAAGAAAAGCAUCAUUGGUCCACCUGCGCUGUUGUUCCAGUUCCUGCCACAAGGAGUCACUGCUGAGCACUGGUCUGGCACAGUCAGGUGGAUGUUUAUAGGUGCUCUCGACGGAUUCAACAUGCAACAUUUAAUGAGUAUUUAUGGAAUGACUAUAUGUGCCAGCAGGGCUCGGUAUACGGAAGUGGGCAGAGUAGCACAUAUCUGAAACAGGGCAUUGGGCCAGCUCCCCCACAGAUGCCUUUUUGUGUUUUUUCUUGCUAGUGGAUUCUAACGAUGGCUACAGUCAUCAUCAGGUAGCCCUGAGUUGGGGGCUGUUUUGCCUUGAAGGAUAUUUGGUGGCAUUCCUGGCCUCUGUCCACCAGACACCAGUAACAACCCCUGUCACGACAAACA